AUGGCCGCGCUCCUCCUCGGUCCUCCCGCCAUCCGCGACGCCCGCCCGCCGCCACCCGCCUCUGACGCCGACGCCGAGUCAGACAACCACCCCUACCUCGACCUCUUCGUCAGGCGCGCCAAGGCCGCGCCCAAGGCCCGGCCGCGGAGGGUGCUCACCGAGAACGGCUCCGCCGCCUUCGCCAUCUCCGGCAACCCCUGCGUCGACUUCUUCUUCCAGGUCGUCCCCGACACGCCGGCGGCGCGCGUGCGGGGCCUCCUCGCCGCGGCCUGGGCGCGCGACCCGCCCACGGCGCUCCGCCUCCUUGCCAACCUCCGCGGCGUGCGCGGCACGGGCAAGUCCGACAGGGAAGGGUUCUACGCCGCCGCGCUCUGGGUGCACGCCCGACACCCGCGCACCCUCGCCUGCAACGUCCCGGCGCUCGCCGGGUUCGGCUGCCUCAAGGACUUCCCCGAGCUGCUCUACCGCCUCGUCCGCGGCGAGGACGAGCGCAAGCAGGCUAGGGAGACGGCCGCCGCCGACAGGAAGAGGCGGAGGGCCAAGGAGCUCCGCGCCGCGCGGCUCACCGCCAGGAACCCCUCCAUGCUCUCCGCCAAGUUCAACAUCCGCGACGUGGUCCCCGUCGAGACCAUGGAAGCAGAGGAGGAGGAGGAGGAGGAAGAUCUGGCGCCGGUCAUCGAGCCAAAACCCAAAAAGGCGGUGGUCGCUAAAACGCCGAAGAACAAGAAGGAGACCACCCCCCGCAAGAAGGCAAAGAAGGCCAGGAAAGCGGCCAAGCUCGCCGUGCAAUCGCUGGAGACGUACAACGGCGACCGCACCUACCGCUUCCUCUUCGACAGCAUCGCCCAGUUCUUCGCCGAUCUCCUCGCCUCCGACCUCGACCAGCUCGCCCAUGCCGGCGAGCGUGCCAAGAUCGGGCUCGCCGCCAAGUGGUGCCCCACGCCGGGCUCGUCCUUCGACCGGACGACGCUGCUCUGCGAGGCCAUCGCGCGCCGCCUCUUCCCCAGGGACUCCACCCCCGACUACGCCGACCUGACGGAGGAGCACUACGCCUACCGCGUGCUCCACCGCCUCCGCCGCGAGGCGCUGGUGCCGCUCCGCAAGGCCCUCGAGCUCCCCGAGGUGUACAUGAGCGCCCAGCGAUGGUCGGAGAUGCCCUACGCCCGCGUAGCAUCGGUGGCGAUGAGGCGCUACAAGGCCCUCUUCAAGAAGCACGACGCGGCGCGCUUCGGCGAGUACCUCGACGACGUGGGCGCCGGCAAGGCCAAGAUCGCCGCCGGCGCGCUCCUGCCGCACGAGAUCGCCGCCCCGGCCUACCGCGGCGAGGACGACGAGGUGUCCGAGCUGCAGUGGCGGCGCAUGGUGGAUGACCUCCGGAAGAAGGGCUCGCUGAGCAACUGCAUCGCCGUCUGCGACGUGUCCUGGAGCAUGACCGGCACGCCGAUGGAGGUGUGCGUCGCGCUGGGCCUGCUCAUCUCGGAGCUCAGCGAGGAGCCAUGGGCAGGCAGGGUGAUCACGUUCAGUGCGAGACCCGAGAUCCAUGCCAUCAACGGCGAUACCCUCCGGCAGAAGCUGAGCUUCAUCCAGCGGAUGCAUUGGGGCUAUAACACCAACUUCCAGGCGGUGUUCGACCGCAUCCUCCGCACGGCGACGGACGCCCGGCUGGCUCCGGAGAGGAUGAUCAGAACCGUCUUCGUGUUCAGCGACAUGGAGUUCGGCGAGGCGUCGUCGGCGCGAUCGUGGGAGACCGACUACGAGGCCAUCUGCCGCAAGUUCGUGAACGCCGGGUACGGCGGCGUGGUGCCGCAGAUCGUGUUCUGGAACCUGAGGGACUCGCUCUCCACGCCGGUCACGUCCACGCAGCAGGGCGUCGCUAUGGUCAGCGGCUUCUCCAAGAACUUUGUCAAGCUGUUCCUGGAGCACGACGGCAUCGUCAACCCGGAGGCUAUGAUGGCCGCAGCGAUCGCUGGUGAGGAGUACCAGAAGCUUGCCAUCUUUGACUGA